AUGCAACAGAAACAUGAAGAUGUAAUAAUUGUCACCGACAAACGAAGACAGUUGUUUCUUCUGGCAUCACAGCGCUGGGUCGCGGCGUUUUCUCCAACAGUGUAUGCUGCGCGCAUUGCCCAACAGAGCGCGCACAUCGGCUUUCGCACUGCGUCUGCUGCCGGCAACUCUGGCGUGCUGGCAAGUAAAGUGGAUAUACACCGUCGCCUUAGUUGCCGAUCUCCAGGCGGUCUGGACCGAAGCCCUCUACUGCCCAAUUGGUUACAAAUAGUACUGGUUAAACAUAACGAGCAGGCAACGAGGGCAAAAGAGGGCGACAGAGGCUGCGCGAUCCCUUUCACUCGGAUUCUGCACGGCCGUUCCGAGCCGCAUGCGGCCGCCGUUCCCGAACAAAGGGAUAAGCCGGCGGGAUGGAAGCAAUAUGUAGGAACGCGCAACCCGACGACGGCGACUCCGGCGCACAGUUGUACUUCAGUUGCUGCCGUCUGCGAAAUUGAAUCAGUCGUUCUGCUAACAUCACGACAGCUGCAACACCAUGACCAAACACCAGCAAGAAGAAAACACCAGAUAACUGCUUCCUUGUCAUUGGCUGAGGAGACCGAUCUGGUCCAUGUCCUCUUGAAAGUGAUAAUGGCACAAUGGAUUUUAGUCAUUUUCCUUCCAUUUGUGAGCACAAAUGGUAUCAAAGGUGAUAUGUGGUUGAGUUUUGUUCGAAAUGAACGACCUUCGAGAGAUGUAUACAAGGAUGUACUUCAAUGUGUGCAAAUUCAAGAUAAAGUGUCUCGUUAUCUGCACUCUGAUACUUCUACCGCCAUUUUCAUCACCCGAGAUUACGAUGUAACUGGACAUCACCCUAUUCAUAUUGGUGGAUCUAUAUUUCAUAUCACCAUUCUCGAAAAUAUGGAUGAACUCACCGACUUAGAAAAAAACAUCAAAGCUUCUCUAAAAAAACACUCGACUCUUAUAUGGGUAGUACGGGAGAUGAACCAUACAGGCUCCAGUAAGACUGAAUGCAUAUCAAGCGCACCUAAAGAUGUUUUAAAAGAAUGGGCAAACAGAAAGGAUAUUAAACUACGUGUUACAAACGUUCAAAAAUGUUCAACUAUUUCUCAGAUAAUAGAAUAUGUACCUGAACAGUUUGCCGAUAUAAAUUGGGACAGCAGACAAAAAGGAUCAAAGAUUUCUGAAAAUCAUCUAAAAUGAGAUCAUGCUCUCAAUACA